AUGGAUAUUGACAAUGACAACCACACCACAUCCCUUUCCAAAAAACCAAAACCUCAAUGUCCAUCAUCGCCUCGAGAUUUCUUCGCCAGACUUUAUGGGCAUUUGGAAAGCGAAAAAAAUCUUAUGGGCAACAAAUCUGAGACACUACAAUUUCUUCUCCAACUAAAGAAGAAACAAGAUCUUCCUUCCAGCAGAGGCUUUUAUUCAGGAAUUUUGUGGAGUGAAGAUUUGGCCAAAUUUUGUUCUGGUGAUGUAGUAAUAGAUAAUGAAGCUGGCCCUAGUAGGAUUUUUGGUUCUUAUAACAUCCCCAAUUUUGCACCUGUUUUGGGGUUGAAUUUGGAGGCGCAUUUGGGAACCGGGUUCGGAGCCUACCUGGCCAGAAGAAGGCGCAAAGAAGGCCGACCCCGUCGUCAACGGACGACAUUUAGCAGUGAACAAACCCUAAGGCUAGAAGUCGAAUACCGAAGGGCCGAAUAUGUAUCGAGGUGCCGAAGGUUUGAAUUGGCCGAAGCUUUGUCUUUAUCCGAAACCCAGGUUAAAAUCUGGUUCCAAAAUCGAAGGGCCAAGGAUAAAAGGAUCGAGAAGGCCCAUAUUGAUCAACAGUACAGAAAUUUGGCAGUGGCUUCUAGUCUUCUAACCGGUUUCCAUACUUCUUGCAACACUUCACCAGCUACAACCGGUUACCACAUUACUCCCCCUGUGGAUAAUAAAAUAGGACAAUGUAAUCUUUGUUUCGACAAAACUUCUGAUUUUAAUCAUACAUAG